AGUGAACCAGCAAAGUGGAAUGUUCUAAAAGUCUAAGUGUUACAAAGAAUAGAACAAAAAUACUAGAAAUAAUAACAUCAAAACUUCACAAGCCAACAACAUACUCUAACUUUGUCAUGUUCAUAAUUAGAGCUUUAAUUUUAGUAUCGGCUUUAUUCGCGUUCGAAACAAAUGAAUUUGUGCAGGCGAAAUGGUGGCUUUCAUAUUUGCCGCCGAGUCAUUUAAAAUUUUACGAGGCCGCUAUGAAGUUGAGCUUGAAUAAUACAUUGACAGCUGUAAAUGCAAAUUCCGCAACAAUUAAACCAGCUGCGGCUGCAACAACUAGUGUUCCGGCAAAUAUAUCAGAGCUCGUAAUGGCUGCGGUAUUAACAGCUUCCGCUCCAAACAUUGACACCAGUUUGCGUCCAUCAGAAGUUCAGCCAAUUGCAGAUCCUCUAAAUAACUUGACAGCACUGACAUCGUCAACUGGGAAUUACUACAUUUUUAACUAUUUCUUCUCUAAAAAUGAAACCGUUGAGGCAAACAAAGAGAACGCACCAGUUGAUAAAGAACACACAAACGCUAAAGUUGAUAAUGAUAUGAAAUACAGCAUCCUACCAGACUGUGCCAACGUUAACACAUCCGGUGCCUACUUGGUGCGUGUAGAGUUAUACAGUCAUCGUCCUUUCAUGGUCUAUUGUCAAGUUAUAGAUGACGAUGACCACGCCUGGUUGGUAAUACAGCAACGUGACUUCGAUGAUCCACCAAUCGACUUCAAUCGCACCUGGGCGGAUUAUCGCGCGGGUUUCGGUGUUAUAGAUGGCAGUUAUUGGUUGGGUUUGGAGAAGAUCUGGGCCAUAACACACAGCAUGUUGCAUGAGUUGACCAUUUUAUUGCUAGAUUUUGAUAACAAAUUUCGUUGGUAUCGCUACGGCGCCUUCAGCAUUGCGAAUGAGGAACAAAACUAUGCUUUGAAUUUGUUGGGCGCAAAUGGUGGAUCGGCAGGUAAUAGUUUGAAAGAGAGCAAGGGACAAAAGUUCAGCACCUACGACAGGGAUAAUGAGGAAAAGUGUGCGCAGAAGAUGCAAGCUGGUUGGUGGUAUAAGGAUUGCGAAAUCGGAAAUCUGAAUAGUCCAUUCUCUAAGCAAUUGACGGCCAAGUAUGAGGGUGUUAUGUGGCCGACGCUUUAUACGGAUAAGCCGUUAAGCACCGUGAAAAUGAUGGUGCGCGCAAAGAAGUACAAUAGCAAUUAGGCUGCAAAGGCUUAAAUAAGAACCCUUUUU